AUGCACGCGGACUCCCCGGGGGGCCCCCUAAUUGGUACCCUUUUUGUGACAUUGAGGGCCCGGGGGCCCCCCAAGCCGGUGGCCCCGGACGCAGCAUCUUUGGACGAAGACGAGCCGGAAGCAGCAGCAGCAGCAGCAGCAGCAGCAGCAGACGCAGCAGCAGCAGCAGCAGCAGCGCGGGGGGCCCCCCCCUGGGUGUUGGGGGCCCCCAGCCCGUGGGGCCCCCCGGGGGGCGGCGCCGCAAUGGUGAAGCGGCCGGAGGGGCCCCCGCGGCGCCUAGCAGCAGCAGCAGCAGCAGCAGCAGACGCAGCAGCAGCAGCAGCAGCAGCAGCAGCAGCAGCAGCGGGGCCGCUGCUGCAGGCAGCCAGCUGGGCCGACGCAGACUUCGACAUGCAGGGCGAGCUGCUGCUGGCGGGAGCUGGGAUCGAGUUUGUGGGGUUUGUGAGGAGACUUGCUGCAGCAGCAAAAGUGUCUCUGAGUUUUGUGGGGAGCGAAUUAGCUGCGGAGACAGUUUUCGCCCUCGGCCGUUUGCUGCUGCAGCAAGUGCGGCUGGACCACGAGCUGCUGCUGCAGGGCGCGGGCCCUUUUGCUGCUGCUGCAGUCACUUCCUUCGCGCUGCUGCACGAGCAGCCGCAGCAGCAGCAGCAGCCGCAGCAGCAGCAGCAGCAGCAGCAGCAGCAGCAGCAGCAGCCUGCGCGUUGGCUGCUGGAGGCGGUGGAGGGGCUGUGUCUGCGCGUGCCGCUGCCGGCCUUUGCGCAGCUGGCAGCAGCAAUUAAAAGUGUCUCCUUGGAGACACUUCAGCUCAAUUGGGGUUUAGUCUCCGACUCCAAACUCCCUCUUUUAGGGUUUACGAAAGUCCUGCUGCUAAACCCUCUCGGGCCCCGCGUGCUGCUGCAGCUCCGCUCCCUCUCCCUUGCUGCUUCUCUUGCUGCGCUGCUGCCUGCCGAGGCCCCCCUGGUACCCACUCCGGGGGGCCCCCCGGGGCCCUUGGGGGCCCCCCCGGGGCCCUUGGGGGGCCCCCCGGGGCCCCCCUUGGGGGGCCCCCUGGCGGGGGCCCCCGGGGGCCCCCGGGCCCCCCUGCCCGACUUCGAGCCUUCCCAGGUGUACGUACACCUGGGCACCAUGCAUGCGCACCUCGACGAACUCACCUGCAAAGCUGUGGGGCCCCCGGGGGGCCCCCUGGGGCCCCCGGGGGCCCCCCUGGGGCCCCUGGGGGCCCCCCCGGGGCCCCCGGGGGCCCCCGCGGGGCCCGUGGGGGCCCCCUUGGGGCCCCCCGGGAGCGCCGUGGGGCCCCCCAGCUCGCCGGGGGGCCCCGGAGGGUACUUGGGGCCCCUGGGGCCCCUGCCGGGCGUGGAGGAAGACGCGAGCUGGGUGGAGGUGGGGGCCCCCCUGGAGACGGCGCUGGAGGUGGGGGCCCCCCCCGAGCGUUUCGGGCGUUUUGCUGCAGCGUUUGUGGAGGCGCAGCAGCUGCUGCUGCUGCUGCAGGGAGCAGCAGCAGCAACUCUGGAAAGCCCUUUUGGGCCCCUUUUAUUAAAAGAUGUUCCUGUCUCCUGUCUCCUCGAAGUGGGGGGCCUCGGGGGCCUCCAAGGAGUCUCCUUUGAGGGUUUUGCUGUUGAGGGGGGGCUGCUGCUGGGCCCGGGAAAUGCAGCAAAAGUGUCGGAGUUGUUCUCGCUGGUGCUGCAGGGCCGGGGGCCCCCCCUGGAAGUUGCUGUGCUGCAGACCCACUUGCCUUCUGGUGCUGCUGCUCCUGCCUGGCUUGCUGCUGCGCUGCAGCUGCUGCAGCUGCUGCCGCCGGUGCCGCCGCUGCAGCAGCUGUUUCCUGCGCUGGGGCGUGUGGGGUUGCUGCAGCAGCUGCGGGUGUCCCGGGUGUCUGUACACCUCGACCCGGGGGGCCCCCAGGACUCCUUUGCUGUUGCUGCUGCUGCUGCUGUUGCUGCUGCUUCUCCCCUGGGGCCCCACACCCCGCUGCGGGUCUUGGGGGCCUCUUUCGUGCUGCAGCUGCGGACUCCGGAGGGCCGUUUGCUGGGCCGCGUGGUCUCCGCCCCUGUUGCUGCUGCUGCUGCUGCUGCUGCUGCAGCGCCCGCAGCAGCAGCAGCAGCAGCAGCAGCAGCAGCAGCAACAACCACUGUGGAAGCUUCUUCCGACGGACUAACUCGACUUCUUGUCGAAAUGAAUGUCGAAGCAAAAGUGGAACUCGAAGAAGAGGGGAGGCCCCUCAGCGAGUGGGUGAGGGCCUCCAUAGAGGGUACUUUAGCCCCGGGGGGCCCCCCGGGGGCCCCCGGGGGGCCCCCGGGGGCCCCCGGGGGCCCCGGGGGCCCCGGGGGGCCCCCCGAGCUGCUGGUGUCAGGUCAUUCUUCCGUGCUGCUGGACUUGGGGGGCCUCGCGGAGAUCCUCAUAGAGGGAGUGGAGGUGGAGCAGUCCGUCUCCUUGGGGCCUGCUGCUGCAGCAGGAACAGCAGCAGCAGCAGCAGCAGCAGCAGCAGCAGCAGCAGCGCCGCGGGGGCUGGACCCCCAACUGGGGACGCUGCGGGUGCUCGGAGUGUCUCCUUUGGGGGGCCUCGACUUGGAAGGAGAAGCUUCUUUUGUGUCUCCAGUUCCAGUGAGCAUUUUGCUGCCUCCUUUGCUGCUGCGGGUCUUUUACAGCAGCAGCACGAUCGCGCUGCUGCAGACAGAGCCCUUUUUGCUGCAGCCCCACCCCACACGAACUGCUGCUGCUUUCCGCGGCCGUUUGCUGCAGCAGCAGACGCAGCAGGGACUCGCCGACCUCAGCAGCCUCGCAGCAGCAGCAAUGCGCGGCUUCGUCCUCGGCGACGCAGCAGCAGCAGCAGGUCAGCAGCAGCAGCAGCAGCAGCAGCAGCAGCAGCAGCAACAGGAGCAGCAACAGGAGCAGCAGCAGCAGCAGCAGCAACAGGAGCAGCAGCAGCAGCAGCAGCAACAGGAGCAGCAACAGGAGCAGCAGCAGCAGCAGCAGCAGCAGCAGCAGCAGCAGCAGCAGCAGCAGCAGCAGGAGGAAAGGCCCGAGGUGCAGGUGGAGGCCUCUGUGGGGCCCCACUCGGGGGCCCCCCUGUGGCUGCAGCGGGCCUUCGAGGGGGUACAGUUUAGGGCCCCCUUUUCGGUGCAGCAGCUGCUGCCGCAGCAGCUGCUGCAGCAGGUGGCAGUUGGAGACACAGAGAUCGACUUGGCAGCAGCAACUGUCUCCUCGGACUCCAUCAAAGUUGCUGCUGCUGUCUCUUUGCUGCUGCAGCCCUUCUUCGGGCCCGGAGUGCCGCUGGCUGUCGAGGGCCUUGCGGUGUACGUACACCUCACGGACCCCACAACUGGCGCCCGCCUCGGCACUGCCCGCACUGCAGCAGCAGCAGCAGCAGCAGCAGCAGCAGGUGGAGACGCAGCAGCAGCAGCAGACGCGGGCGCAGCAGCAGCAGACGCAGGAGACGCAGGAGACGCAGCAGCAGCAGGUGCAGCAGCAGCAGGUGCAGCAGCAGGUGCAGCAGCAGCAGCAGCAGCAGCAGCGGGAGAAAUGGUGCGUUUUGCUGCUCCUGCGGAGCUGCGGGAGUCGGGGGGUUUGCUGUCGCUGCUGCUGCAGCUGCAGCUGCUGCUGCAGGUGGAAGACGAAGCAGCAUUUGUGGCUUUCGCGCUGCGGGCGCUGCAGCAGCAGCAGCAGCAGCAGCAGCAGCAGACAGUUGUGGGGCUGCAGGGGACUGUGUCUUUGCUGCUGCAGUCGCCGCUGGGGCUGCUGCAGCUGCGGGGCCUCCAGCUGCAGCAAACUGUCUCCUUCGGGGGCCUCGGGGGGGCCCUGGGGGCCCUCUCGGGGGCCCUUAGGGUACUAUCUUUUGACCCUGUGGAGACGGGGGGGGCCCCCCCCGGGGCAGGGGACAGUUUGGCCUUCACGGUGGACCUGCUGCUGGGGGCCCCCCCUGCUGCAGCAGCAGCAGCAGCAGCAGCAGCAGCAGCAGAACUGCGAGUGAAGCUAGGAGACCUUUCUGUGUCUCUCAGAGACGCAGCAGAUGGGGAGGAGAUCGGGGAGGCGACGAUCCCAGCUGCGGAGUUGGGGAUCGGGAUCGGGGAUCGUCCCCUCCGGGUCUCCGGCCGCCUCUUCGACAGCAGCAGCAGCAGCAGCAGCAGCAGCAGCAGCAGCAGCAGCAGCGAGCGGAGGCAGGGCCGUUCGCGGCUGGCGGCUUUCCUCAGCAAAGCCGCCAGCGGCCAGCCCCUCGGGGU